AUGAAAAAAGCGACACAGAAGCAAAGAAAGCUGCAGAACUCCCACAAAGAACUGAUACUUGGAUCACAGAUAUUAUUGCCUACGCCAAACGAAUACUUAAGGGAGAGGAUACACCCCAUCCCUCCCAUAGAAUCAAAAAUUACUGGAUCCUGGGAACCCACCAAAGACAACCCGGAACUCACUAGAGAAGAAGAAACAGCCUUAGCACGUUUUCGAACAGGUGCUUCGUAUCGCUAUGGCUGGUUGCUGAGAAAGAUACAAACCCAUAUCCCCCUGGAUGUCGCUGGUGUAAUCCUCAACAAGUCAACAUGCCAGAACCCGUUAUUCCAACUGGCCAAAAACGACCGCACUAUG